AUGAACGCAGGGGUUCAUACCGUGGAACUUUGGGAUGAGGAGGUAUUGAAUUACUGGCCUUAUGUACAGGCGCUCAGUGUGCAGCUUCACAGCCUCCGGUAUAAUAGUCUUUUCCAGAAUAUUCUUCUUCUCCUCCGUCAGGACGUCAUCCUGCGUGCAGCGCACCUUCGUGCCCAAGAUGGUAGUGAUCUCACCCAAGGUAGUAUUCCCACAAGUCUGAGAAUCCUCUGUGGCCACAUAGAACACCUUUACGCGGAGAGGCUUAUAUCCUGCCUCGGGUAA